AUGGGUCGGGACGACGAGCGGAUCAAGUUGCUUUUGACUUUUGCUACUGGAGUCAUAGAAUGCGUCGGCUUUGCAGGUGUGCUCUACGGCUGGCCUUCCCUGGUCUUCGUGCUGAAGAAGGAAGACUACUUCGCUGACCUGUGCAACUCCAGCGACCCUGGGCCGAGGAAUGUCACCGUUGGAUGCGUUCAGCAGGACGAGCGCUUCGCUCUCAUCUUCACCAUUGGCGAUUUUGUCCUGAACUUCGGGACUGUGGCCUGCGGCUUCCUGCUCGACUCUUACGGCGUCAUGGUGACCCGUUUCCUGGGCAUAUUCCUGUAUACGACAGGCACGCUCAUGAUCGCUUUCUCCUCCACGGCCUCGGCCCUGCUGCUGUUUCCCGCGCUCGCAUUAUUAGGAGCCGGAGGAGUGAUGUUACUGACAACAAAUAUCAAGAUUGGAAAUCUGUUUGGGAGGAACCGCGCCACAGUGAUCACCGUCUACACCGGGGCUUUCAGUUCCGCGACGGUUAUCUUCCUGUUGGUCAAGGUGGCAUAUGAAGCUGGUUUCUCCGUGAUGGCGAUUUUCCUGUUCAUUAGUUGCCUCAGCGUCCUCCACGUACUACGCACGGUCUUUCUCGUUCCCUGGAAACACAUCCCCUAUCCGCUGCCUGAGGGCUUCAGCUACGGGGUGAACUGUGAAAAGGAUCGACUCAUGGACCAUGCGAUCGAGACCACUCACCAGGGGGAUUCUACACUGGCAGUGGAUCAGAUGGAGGGAAACAGGAAUGACAGGAGGGAGCAGAUUGAGGGAGAGGCAGGAAUGAUGUGGGAAAGGGAAGAGGGGAGAAAUCUGGCGGAUGCUGCUGUGGGACAGGGGAGGGGAGAGAUGGAGGGCGAGAAGGGUGAUUGGAGUGGAGGGACAGAGGGAGAUACGAGAAAUGGGGAAGAGAAGGAGCAAAACUGUAGGAUGGGGACGGACAGCGAGAAUAAAGCGGGGAGCAGCGGGUGGGAGGGGCAGAAGGGAGAGUGUAGGGAAGUUAUGAAGGGAGAUAAGAGAUGGGAGAGGGGAGAGAAAGAGGGACAGGUAGAAACAGAGGGCGAGUGGAGGGGAGUGAUGAAAAGGAGAAGAGGAGAGACAGAGGGAGAGAUGGGAGCGGGGAAGGGUGGGGUGGCAGGAGGGCAGGGAGAGUGGAGGAAAGAGGCGGAUGAAAAGAAUGGGGAGGUGAGUGACGAAUUCAAGAGAGAAUGGUAUCCUGAAGGGCGAAGGGAAGAGAUGGAACAAAGGAGUGAGGGGGCGGUGGAGACUGAGGGUACAUCGGGUGAUGGACGUGAACAGCCGCCUGCCGCAGAUAAUCUCCAGCACAACGGGACAGAAGGUCCACAUAUCAACGGGAACGUGGAGGAAGUCCCCUCUUUCCGGAGCUGCCUUAUCUCACGCACAUUCCUCGCCAGCCUGCUCUGGACCUCGCUCCUUCUGCUGCGAUUAUCCUUUUUCAUCGGCACUCUGAACCCUCUGCUCAACCUCAUGACGAACGCUGAUCCCGAACAAGGAACAAGUGGAGGCAGUACGGCGACAGGUGCAGACAGCUGCACUGGAACAGGUGAGCUGGGCGGGGACGGAGAAGAACGUUUCAAACAGUUCGAGCGGCGUCAGCGCCCUGGUGAAUCUGCUGAGAACUAUGUUGCUGCGCUGCGACACCUGGCCAGACGGUGCCGCCUUGAGACGCUGACCCCCGAGGAGCUGACCAGGGACCUUCUGGUUUACGGUCUCCGCGAUGAAAAGCUAAGGACUGAACUUUUGCGCAAGCCCGACCUGUCUUUCAACGAGGCUAUGCAUGCCUGCCGUUUAGCCGAAGCCGUCACUACGGCAGUGUCACCGGCUGAUCAGGACAUUAACUUUGCCAGCGUGCAGGCCCUAAUGGACCCGUUGGCUAAAUAUCCUGACCGCUUUGAUGAUGAGCUGGGCAAGCUGCCCUACAACUACAAGAUUGUCGUCAACCGCAAGGUCGAGCCAGUGGUCCAUGCGCCACACCGUGUCUCCUUCGCCAUUAGGGACAAAGUAGAAUCGACGCUGCACAGCAUGGUGUCCGGAACAAUAGUUAACCCCAAUGAAGCCGAAUACACCUUUUCCCAAGUUGGGCGGAUGCUGGGUAACGUGAGCUGCUGCACCAACACGUUUAUUUACGCGGCCACUCAGUCCCGGUUCAGGGAACAGGUGACGAGGGCGCUGAAAUAUCCGGCCACAUUAGUGGUCCUGGUUAUUGAGAGAGUCGGCUCCUUCUCACAACGGUAG